UCUGCGAGUCCGGGUCCUCGGCCGACGCUCCGUGCCGAGCGCGCACUCCAGUCUCCCCGCCCGCACCAUGCGCCGCCGCCAGCUCCCCCUCGUCCUGCUGGCGCUGGUCCUCUGCCAGGCGCCCCGGGGCCCCGCCGCCCCGCUGCCGGCGGGCACGGGCACCGCGCUGGACAAGAUGUACCCGCGCGGCAACCACUGGGCCGUGGGGCACCUGAUGGGGAAAAAGAGCACGAGAGAGUCCCCGUAUGUUUAUGAAGGGGGGAGUCUGAAGCAGCAGCUGCAGUAUAUUCUUUGGGAAGAAGCUGCAAGGAAUUUGCUCAGCCUCAUGGAAGGAAAGGGGACCGGAAGCUAUCAGCCGCCUCAAAGGGAGCUCCUGGCCAUCCGCCAGUCUCCUUGGGAUUCCCAGGAUGGCAGCGCCUUUAAAGUUGUAGGUUCAAAACGUAAAGCUGGUGGACUCUCUGCUCCAGAUUCUCAACGUGACGGAAGGGACCCCCAGCUGAACUGACAGACAACAACAGCCUCUCUCAAAGAAGCAAAGCAAAACCCUUAAGAGACUGUGUUCUACACACAUCAAUCCCACUGGAUCGCCAACCAGAUUUUCUGUGUGCAAAACACUUAACCAUUCCUGUAUCUUUCAACCUGGACUAAAUUCACAAUUUUCAAGUGGCAUCUUCUGCUCUGAACUUGUUCGCUGUGCAUAAUUAAUUGUCCAUUAAGAGUCUUCCAGGGAACGCUCUUUACAUCUGGGCUGUUUGUCCAUUAGUGUCUAGCCCCCAACCUGUUAGCACUCACAAUAAAGACGUAAGCACGAUGUCCAAAGGGCCGGUAGUGCUCUUAUUUCGAUUCCAAAUGAAAAGAUGUGGCAGAGGUUAAUGAACAAUUUGACAAUGAACUUGUGUGCUCA